AAAAACUAAACAAAUAAAAUAACUGCUUAUAUUUUUGGUAGGGACUGUUAGGCAAACUUAGAGAGACAUGAGCCCAACAACUCUGGCUUUACCGUCGGCGGGGGGAGCAGCUUCAGCCUGUUCUCCCCUCAAUCGCCCCACGGCCCCAAUAUCUUCGGCUCUUCGUUGUGUAGAUAUCACCGCGAAUGCUACGAUGAUGUUGUCGAAGAAAUCUCUUGUAUCCCCUUCAUCAUCAUCGUCAUCUUCUUCUUCUAUUUCUUCGGCGGUGGUGGCUGCUGCUUGUACCAACGUUGAUAAUGGUGCGAUGAUGAUGAUUUGCUCCAUCAAAGGUCGCUACUGCUACUCAACUAUCCCCGCUGGUAUAAUGAUAAUAGGGAGGAGGAGGAAGAGGUUGAUUUCAUGCGAUAUAGCAUUGAGAUCCAGCAAUUCGGCGACACCAUCUUUAUCCUCGUCGUCAACAACAGUCACCCAAGGAGAAGAAGAGGGAGAAGAAACUGAUAAGAAGAUUGGGGCGAGGGUUAGAGUGAAAGUUCCCUUGAAGGUUUACCACGUGCCUCGGGUGCCCGAAGUAGAUCUGACUGGGAAAGAAGGUCAUCUCAAGCAGUACGUUGCCCUCUGGAAAGGCAAACGAAUAUCCGCCAAUCUACCUUACAAGGUGGAGUUCGUGGUGGACAUUGAAGGCCGUGGCCCUGUCAAAUUCUUUGCCCAUCUCAAGGAGGACGAAUUUGACUACCUUGAAUAGCAUUUUGCAAUCUCAUUUGCUUUGCUGCUUCUCCUGUCAGACCAGGCCUUGUCACCACCAGCCACUAGGAUCUUUGAUGCAGACACCAAGGAAACUUCAUAUAUAGGUCAUGAUUACCUAAGCUUGUAAUGCUUUAUUAUUCAGUUUUUUAGUGAAUAAAAUCCCUGCAAUUGUGCUUCUUGA